AUGGUCUUCCUGGGACGGAGGAUGCUGCUUCGCCGUCUGCUGCUGGCGGCCAUGUUGGCUCUGCUCCUCUUCCUCAGCUCCCUGUGGCUGCCUCAGGGCCGAGCGACAGACUGUGAGACCUCCUGGCAUCCCUGUCUCACCUUUUACCACCAGACUCCUGAGCCCCCAUUGGCUCCCGUGGCAUGGGCGGGGCCGGCCUCAGCCCCGCCCCUCCCCCCGGAGUGUCCCGGCCAGCUGUUCCAGGCGGGGCGGCUGCUGCUGCACCUGCAGUCCAGCCUGGGAGCCGAAGGCGACAUCCUGCUGGAGCCCUACCUGCUGAGCUGGGAGGAGCUGAUCAAGUUCAUGGAGUCUCUCGGGACGAUUGUCGGUUUUUUCUCUCAGAAGGUGAAGGACAAAGUCGCUCUGAUUCGGGAGCUGUCACUCAAACACCACAGAGAGGCUCAUGGGAAACUGCCUGGACUACAAACCCCAGCAUCCUUUGGACUACAAAGCGGGGCCUAUCGCUCCGUCCGCUCCAUGGUGGAGGCGGAGCUUAGGGCGGGCGUGGUCGACUUCUCGCGCCGCAGCCGGUCGGGCUGCCGGACGCUGCUGAGGCUGCACCGCUCGCUGCGCUGGCUGACGCUGCUGCUGGAGGGGCUGGCAGAGGGGCCGGACACCAGGGGGCGCUACAGGACGCCCGGGGAGCUGGGCAGGGAGGCCUACCAGGUGGCGCUGGCCCCCCACCACUCGUGGGUGCUCCGCCAGGCCGCCGAGCUCGUCUUCCUCGCCCUCCCGGACAGGCAGUUCUUCCUCGGGCUGGUGUGUGUGAGGAGCCAGCAGGAGGCCACGCCCAUCCUGCACACACUGAUCCGAGCCCUGUCGCUGGUGCACACACACACCCAGCGAAUCCUGGACACACACAACAUGCUGGAGCUGCCGUGA